AUGACUAUACAGCAGUUCUACUUGUUGGGAGAUGACCCUUCAUCUUCAAGGCCCAUCGAGGCCGACGCGACACUUGAUAUCGAUGGCCUCAAGAGCCUUAUCGCAGCUCAUUUUGCCAUUGUUGAACCAACUGGGGUUGCCUUCCUCAGCCAAGACAAGGCCGUGACUGAUAUCGCUGAUGUGAUUUCAGCGACAGGGCCGAUUGCAAUUACAAUUGAUGGUCACGAAGUUCGUGAUCCUCCUGGGCCUACCGGCUUGCCAUGGGUUGGAAACUACUUUGAAGUUUACCCCGACCACCUCGGUAACCACCAACGCCUUUUCGAGCAGUUUGGACCUUUGAUAAAGACAACAAACAUGGGCCGAACUAUUUAUCAGACCAACAACCCAGAGCUUUCUGCCAUUGUGUUUGCCGAGUCUGACUUCUUCACCAAGAAGAUCAACGAAGCACACCCGCUCUACGCUUUGAAGACUCCGGCCGCUGGAGUUUUUCUUGGGGACACCGAUACUCCCGAGUGGAAGGUCGCGCAUAAGUUUCUUCCUCCUGCGCUUGGUCCAAAGGCAGUGCGUCACUAUGCUCCAACAAUGCAGAAGACAGUUGAGGAUUCCUUCCGUGUCUUCGACGCUUUUGAUCAGCAAGGCGAGGCCUGGAACGUCUACCAAUACAUGUUGAAGCUGGGCUCACAAGCUGUUGGAAAAUUGACGCUUGGUCUAGAUUUUGAACAUUUCAAUGAGCCUGACACUUCAUUGCAUGAAAUGGUCCAUCUUAUCGCCGAAGUUCUUUCCUUGAACAAGAAAGUCACCUCCAAAGGUGAUUGGUAUGGCAGGAUGCCAUUCGGAGACCCUCAGAGACUUAAACGUGCAAGGGCACGAAUUGAGCAGCUAGUGGAAGAAUCGAUCCAGCAGGCUCAAAAAGGCGGAGUUGAGGAUCUUCCACUUCAGGAUGCAGCUCUCAAAGCUUCUAACAUGGUUGAUUAUGCCAUUCGUGCGACCGAUAACAAGGGCGAGAAAUUGCCAAAGUCAAGCUUGGUGUGGGCGCUCACUGUCGCAACUGGUGCUGGAUUCACAACAACAAGCUCUCUUCUCUCGUGGCUUAUAUAUGGGCUUGUUACCUACCCAGGCAUGCAGGAAAGACUUCUGCAAGAGCUGGUCGAUCACGGUUUUGAAGAGAAUACUGAAAUUACAGCCGAUAUGACGGAUCAACUUGAUUUCCUGGACAAGUAUAUCAAGGAGACUCAACGUCGACACAAUCCUUCGUUCCAGCCUGGCCGAACCGCUAAGCUUGAUUUGGUUCUGCCUGGGGGUUACAGAUUGCCAAAAGAUUCCGUUGUGAUCCCGGCACUGCAUCAUAUCCACAACAAUCCGGCUCUUUGGGAUAAUCCGCAGAGAUUUGACCCGGAUAGAUGGGAUACAGACGCAGUGAAGUCCAGGCAUAAGGCCGCGUAUAUCCCAUUCGCGACGGGCCAAAGGAUGUGUAUUGGGUUCAACUUUGCGCUCCAGGAAAUCAAGGUCUUCCUUCCAAAAUUGAUUUAUCGAUACAAGUUCACUCGCGAGGGAGAUGGGCCUAUCGAGUAUGAUCCUAUGUUCCAGCUGAUCCGACCAAACAAUCUGUUCGUUCGCGCGGAGCGACGAGUUAAGUGGCCUCCAAGAACGGAAACAGCUUGA